CCGCGGGGAACACCGGCAGGUGGUGGAGGCGAGAUCGCGGCUUCACCCGGUCCCGACCAGCAGCGGCGAUGGCCUCGGCAGCUGUGGAGAGCUUCGUGACCAAGCAGUUGGAUCUGCUGGAGCUCGAGAGGGACGCAGAGGUGGAGGAGCGCAGGUGAUAUAGUAGGUCUAUAUGAUGCUGCUAACGAAGGCAAGCAGCUGGCCACUGGUAUCCUGACCCGGAUCACCCAGAAAUCAGUCACGGUGGCCUUCGAUGAGUCCCAUGAUUUCCAGUUGAACUUGGGUCAAGAGAAUUCCUAUAGACUUUUGAAACUUGCAAAUGACGUCACUUACAAGCGACUGAAAAAAGCUCUGCUUGCUCUGAAGAAAUACCAUUCUGGGCCGGCGGCCUCACUCAUAGAAGUUCUCUUUGGCAUAUCAGACCCCAGUUCGGUCAGCGAAAUACAUCCACUGACGUUCCACAACACCUCCCUGGAUGCCUCCCAGAAAGAAGCGGUUUCAUUCGCUCUGUCCCAGAAAGAAUUGGCCAUCAUCCAUGGACCCCCUGGCACCGGGAAAACGACGACUGUGGUUGAAAUCAUUCUUCAGGCUGUGAAACAAGGCUUAAAGGUUCUGUGCUGUGCUCCCUCCAACAUCGCUGUGGACAAUCUAGUGGAGCAUCUGGCUCGGUGUAAGCAACGGAUUCUGCGCCUGGGGCACCCCGCCCGGCUCCUGGAAUCCAUUCAUCAGCAUUCUCUCGAUGCGGUGUUAGCAAGGAGUGACAGCGCCCAGAUUGUCGCCGAUAUCAGGAAGGACAUCGAUCAGGUCUUCGCGAAAAACAAAAAGACCCAGGAUAAGAAAGAGAAAGGUAAUUUUCGAAAUGAAAUCAAGCUGUUAAGAAAGGAACUAAAAGAGAGGGAAGAAGCAGCUAUGCUUGAAAUCCUGACUUCAGCCAAGGUGGUCCUUGCAACAAAUACAGGGGCUUCUGCUGACGGCCCUUUGAAGUUGCUGCCUGAGGGCUACUUUGACCUGGUGAUAAUUGAUGAGUGUGCCCAGGCCCUGGAAGCAAGCUGCUGGAUCCCUCUGCUGCAGGCCAGAAAGUGCAUCCUGGCUGGAGAUCACAAGCAGCUGCCUCCCACGAUAGUCUCUCACAGGGCGGCGCUAGCAGGGCUGUCGCUCAGCUUGAUGGAGCACCUGGUUGAGGAGUACGGAGCAAAGGCAGUGCGGAUGCUGACCACACAGUACCGCAUGCACCAGGCCAUCAUGCAGUGGGCCUCAGAAGCCAUGUACCAUGGGCAGCUCACCGCCCACCCUUCGGUGGCGGGGCACCUUCUGAGGGACCUUCCAGGUGUGGCCACCACGGAGGAGACAGGCAUCCCCUUGUUGCUCGUGGACACUGCUGGCUGUGGGCUGUUCGAGCUGGAGCAAGAGGACGACCAGUCGAAAGGGAACCCUGGUGAAGUCCGCCUCGUCGGUUUACACAUCCAGGCCCUGGUGGAUGCCGGUGUUCAAGCAAGUGACAUAGCUGUCAUCACACCGUACAACCUCCAGGUGGACCUGCUCAGACAGAGCCUCUCGCCCAGGCAUCCUCAGCUGGAGAUUAAGUCCGUCGAUGGCUUCCAAGGCCGGGAGAAGGAGGCUGUGAUCCUGUCCUUCGUCAGGUCUAACAGGAAAGGUGAGGUUGGUUUUCUUGCUGAGGAUCGGCGGAUCAACGUUGCCAUCACCCGUGCACGGCGCCAUGUGGCGGUUGUCUGCGAUUCCCACACAGUUAACAACCACGCCUUUUUGAAGACCUUGGUGGAUUACUUCACAGAGCACGGGGAAGUGCGCACAGCUUUUGAGUAUCUUGAUGACAUUGUCCCCGAAAACUAUUCCCACGAGAGUUCCCAGGGGCACAGCCAUGCUGCUGCGAAGCCUCAGGGCCCUGCCACGGCUGCCAGGAAACCUUCUGGAAGCAGGAAUCAGGAAGGUCGGGAGGCACAGGACCGGAAGAAGCCGGCUGGAAAGCCUCUGGGCUCUGAAGCCCUUGCUCAGCCCAGCCUCAAUGGAGGAAGCUUGGAGGGGACAGUAAGCAAAGACAGCGAGGGCCUAUUCCGGGCCAUGAUAGCAGAGUUCAUGGCCAGUGAGAAGACACAGCUGGAGUUUCCUGCGUCGCUGAAUUCCCACGACCGGCUGCGGGUCCACCAGAUAGCCGAGGAGCACGGGCUGAUGCACAGCAGUGCCGGGGAGGGCAAGAGGAGGCACAUCACUGUGAGCAAGAAGCCCCUGCUCACUGAGUCACCCCCAGCAGGGGCUGGCAGCGAAGGCCCUCCUUGCCCAGAUGCCCCCAGCCCUGUGCAGACGGGACACCCCUGCAGGGAGCAGUGUGGCCAUGAUCAGCUGGAUCUGAAGGCUCUGCACCUGGAGAGGCUGGAGAGGGAGAAGAGCAGGCGGGAGCAGAAGACCAAGGAGAGCAAGGAGGGGCAGCUAGCCUCCGGGCUGAAGAAGUUUCCAGAAAAGAAAAAGAAAAAAGAAGCAAAGGGACAUACGGCCACUGACGCACCCUUGGAGGAGGACUUCGAUGCCCUGCUUUCAGCUGCCGUUAAGGCUGACAACACCUGUGGCUUUGCCAAGUGCACGGCCAGCAUCGCCACUCUGGGCCAGCUCUGCCAGCUCUGCGGCCGCCGCUACUGCCUCAGCCACCAGCUGCCCGAGGUCCAUGGCUGCGGUGAGAGAGCGCGUGCCCAGGCCCGACAGAGAAUCAGCCGGGAAGGGGUUCUCUAUGCUGGCAGUGGAACCAAGGACAGGUCCUUGGACCCAGCCAAGAGGGCUCAGCUUCAGAGGAGGCUGGAUAAGAAACUGGGUGAGCUCAGCAGCCAGAGGAUGAGCAAGAGGAAGGAGAAGGGAACGUGACCGCCGGCGUACUCACAGGGCCCCCAGAGCUGCCCCGGGGGAGCCCAGCGGCUGUGCCAAGCCCAGGUUUCUCUCCACCAGAGAUGCGAGGGUUGGAGGGACCUGGGUGGAGCUUGGGCUUCUGGAGCCCAGAGAUAGGCUUUUCCUAUGAAACCAGGUGGGGGAACCCGCUGGGAGGGCGCUCUGCUGUCCCACGCUUGGGCCUGGUGCAGGGGUGGGCCCAGAGAAUGCUGCGCCUUGCUCGCUCCAGCCCAAUUGUUUCCAGGCUGUGCCUUCACUCCCAGUCAAAACCCAAAGCCCACUCUGGGAUCCUGGGAAAGGCUCUGUUUCCUCGGAGUUGUGCCUGGCCUCGAAUUCUGUCGAAGUGACCCCCAUCUGGAGCUGGCAGCUCUCAUCCGCGGGGAGGAGGGCAUUUUGAGAAAACUGGGAAGAGUGUGAACGCGUCUGCAGAGGCGGGUCCAAGAAGUGGGUGUUUCACUCGUGUGAUCCUGAGUGGCCGCCGGCCAAGGCCGCUUUCAUCUGCUUUUCUGUCCUAGCGUCUGCAGUGACUCUCCCUGGUCCUCAUGGGGCGGCAAGCACAGCUCCCAAAGGCUGGGAAGGUCUCCACUUCCUGGUUUACAGCCUGUGCUCACCUUUCUUGGGGGAAGUAUCUGGUCCCAGGUGACAGUCACUAAUCUGAGCAUCGUUGUCACUAAAACUUAGAUCUAGAGCCUUCUCUGAGCCUGUCCAGUGUUCUUUGCCAACUCUUUUAUUUAAGAAAACCUCAGAUGGAUAUAUUUUGGCCUCAGGUUUUUGUUUCAAAGGUAUAUAAAUUAUUUAAAAAUUAAACAAAAAGGCUUGCACACCGCCCACAGUGUGUUUGCUGUGUGUCUGAAAUGGACAUUCUUUUUUCUCCUUUGCUCAGUGGGUCCUUCCCUGGUUGAGAACGCAGGAUGACUCCAGAUAUUCAGGACAUACAAGUGGCACUGGUGUGCAGACGCUCAGCGUGGUGGGCACGGGUAUAUGGGGCCUUCUGUGAGGUCCUCAUUCUGUCCACAGAUGGGAAGGGGAAGGAACAUGUUCCUCUUCUCCUUGAUUUCCCCGUUAACUAGAACAAAAGUUUCAAGUUGGAAAGUCUAGAAUUGCGAAACUUGAGGAGAGCAAGCCCAGGCUUGGUGGAAAGAUAGCAGCAAGCCGGACAACAGCAAGCUGGCCCUGGCCAGAGGCGAGAUCGCAGCUGGGUUAGGGCGUUUUACCUGUGGAGCUGCCGUUGGAGACGGGCCUUUCUGGCCAGUUGGUGGAUCUUCUCACCAUCUCCUUCCACCCUCUUCCACUGCAUCUUCUCUUUCCAUGACACUUAAUGACCACAUACAUGUCCACGGCCCUCAGAAUGGAGCCCAGCCUGGCCGACCUGGCAUCUCAGGUGUCUGUGAUGGUGGCCUCUGUCUUCCUGUGAGCCUCCUCUCUUCUCUGGUCACACCACUGUCCUCCAAGUGUUAUUCACUCAGCUCACGUGUUGCCAUGCACUCUGGGCCAGGCGAGCACACUGUUGACCACACUGCUUUUGCCGGUGCCAGGCCACCAUGGCUCCUCUUCUGCCCCCUUGCGUGGAUGCCUUCUUGCUCCCAUCAGGUGGCUUUGGGACUGAGUUGCUUGGGAAGGGGAAGAGGCAGGGCCCUUGCUGUGUGGCCACAUUCAUUCUGCUACAUCAGUAAGUGCAUAGUGAGUGCCGCCGUGUGCGGAGCGGUGUCAAGAACCCACCUGCAGACGGUUAGCUGCUGUUCUCGUGCCCCAUGAGGACCUGUGGCUGGUGGGAAACAGGUACCCAGAUGCUUAUAAGGGCAUGCAGUACCCAUCUUGAAGUGUUGCGUGGUUGUCGAGGUGCACGGGGAGCUGCUUUGCCUCCCAGAGAUAUAUGCUUUAUCUCCUUGACUUUCUGGUGCAUCUCCUGGACACAGAGUCUGUAUGUCCUUGGCUGGAUCAGAGACUUCACAUUUCUAGUCAUAGCAAGACCAGGUUCAGAGUUGGGCCAGCAUCCAAACAGGCCCAUCUGAGUCCUGCCCUGGGGUUGACAUACAGAUGCUGAAAGAAAGUUCCAGUUCUACUGGAGCUGGCCCAGCAGCUCCUUUCCCCAAAGGAAGCCUUUCUGCAGGAGAGAAGUCCAAAGAGAAAGAGACCCCAAAGUAGGGGUAGAAGAGUGACCUGCUGACAGUGUUUGUGCACCUGGAUUCAGCCAUUCCUGACCUGCAACCCAUCCUUCCCAGUGUCCUGUGCUAGUUCACCUUCCUUUUUAGCUGAAGAAGGUCUGCCUUGGGUUUUUGUUACUUUCUUUCUCUCUUAAAAUUUAUUCAUUCAUUUUAUUUUAAU